AUGGCAAGCACAUCGAAGCAAAGCCGGAAUUCACCAAGUGUGAAUUAUCAUACUUCAUCAGCAUCAUCUUCUCCCAUCACCGCCCCUUCCUCUUCAGUCAGUAAUAAUCACGACUACAAUAAUAGUGGCAAUAAUAACGCCAGUCCGGCACCAAGGCAAAUUUUACCAAUGUCACGACUUGUCGUGCCUACACAAUUCGGUUCGCCAGAAGAUUAUGCAGUGUCAUCGAUUGUUGAUGUUGGUAAUCUUUCGAAAGAUAACAUGCUUAUGCUAUCGUCGCAUUCGAUUCCGUCUCCCAUGGAAUAUUACCAUCAGUCUCCUUCUUCGCCAGGUUAUUACCAACAGCAGCAUCAUAACAAUGGUCAACAUAUGCAUGGAUAUAGUGGAAAUUAUUAUGAUCAACAACAACAAACUGCUUAUCUUGUGAAUAGAUAUCAGCAUGUUCCAUCUUUACAUCAGCAACAACAGCAACCAAUGCGAAUAAUACAAUCUCAUCAACAACAGCGAUUACAAUCGGCAGGUUUAGAUGCUGUAGCUGCUGGAUUCUGUGAUAAUUGCACGAAUAUGUUUGUAAAUUCAGGAAUGCCAAUUGAAUCGUUCGUCAAUGAAGCUGCGUGCAGCAAAUGCAAGAAUAGAUUUUGGGCGAAUUCUGGAAUUGACAUGAAUCGAUCUGCGCAGGAUCAUGAACAAAUGAUGCACCAAUUGAUACAUAAUCAAAUUCCACGGGAUAUCUCACCUCAACGUUCAUUGAUGUCUCCAGAAUUAGCGUCGACAAACAUCGAUUCGUCUUCUACAGUUCCUACCCAAAAUAUCGUUGAUCCUCUGAUCACUUCAUCGCAAUCAUCGGACUCUUCUGUUGUUAAUAAUCCACCAGUCGCCGUCAUCGAAAGUUCGGCAGACCCAUCAUCGUACAUCUCGUUAUACGAACAAAACUCGAUUAUACAUUACGAAGAGAAGAAAGUGGUCCUGAAAAAUAGUAUCUUGCAUGACGUAUUCUUCUCGGAUGAUUUCUCGAAAAAUGAUCAAGAUUUUAUGGGUUUUUUGCAUUUUGACAGUGAAGCUUCAUCAGACACUGAAGCGUUGACGCCUGACCGGGACAAUUCUCCUCCCCUUUCGCCAACUACUCCUAAUGAAUUCUUGGGUGGAGAAGAAGAAUUUAGUUUAUUUUUCAACGAUGAUGGAGAUGCGGAUUGUGUCAAAGGCUCGUUAUCGAACAUACAGACAACGACUGUGACCUCCUCAUUAUCGUCGGGAAGAUCAAGUUCCAUGAACAGCAACAAUAACAAAAUCAAGGAACAUAACGCGUCCACAACUUGCAAGCCAUCAAAUAUUAUGAUGAUAAAGCUCAAUGAUGCGAUGAAUGCAUUAUUACAAAAUAUUCCAGCCUCACCACUCGCAGUACCAGAACCUCCAGUAGCCGCAAUAAAUCCAAUGUUAUUAAGCAAUAAUAACAACGAUGAAAACCACUUGGUUGAAGAACAAGAAAAAGAUAUCGGUAGUAUUACUAGCAGCGACAACAAUACUAGUAAUAGCACAGUAAUUGAUUCGAUCUUAGAAUCGAGGGUUCAUCCUCAAUUUGAAGGUCGUCCUCUUCAGAUAAUUCGACCUAGCUAUAUCGAUAUCAGCUCUGAUAUUCCGAGUCCCCCGCUCAAAACUCCUGAACUAGUAAGCGAUACGAGACGUAAGCGAAAAGCAUCGUUUAGUUGGUCAGACAAAGGCGUCACUUCAGAUAAUGAAGAAGAAACAACAGUGAUUGCAAGUGGCAAAGCUAGCGAGAAGCUACCUAGCAAUAAAUCGCGAAAGAUCAGUGACAAUAAGCGAAUAUCGAAUAAUCCAAUGAAAUUGAAAAUGAAAAAAUCUGAUCUUGGUGAAGAAGAUUCGAGUAAUUCUGAGACAAUGAAAACAGCAAUCUCCAGAAAAGGAACAAUAAAUAAAUCUCACAAGAAACUGAAGAUCACUACCAAUUUAACCACCACUUCCUCUUCGCCCUCCUCCAAUAAGGGGUCAAAAUCAAAAUCCAAGAGUAAUAAUAACAACACUAGUAACAGUUAUACAAAAAUUGGCACCAGCGCACCAAGUGUGAUCAAUAAACGUCGAGUCAAAAAAUCUACAUCAAAAUUGACGAUAAAUACGGCAAUAACUCAAGAAAAACCUCAAAGUAAAAUUAGUUUGCCAAAUUCACCUUUCAUUACCGAAUCUCCAACAUCAUCAGAAUCAUUACUCACCGCCACUGAUUCGGAACUUCAACAACGUGAAGAGGACAUGCAAAUGGAAGAGGUGGAACAAGAAUUAUGUGAUCCACGACCCACUCAAACUCCCACCAUUUUUGAAUCUUUUACGGAGUCGGGGGUUGAUUGGUGUCGCUAUUGUGGAACAACCGAAGGCGUUAACUGGCGACCAGGACCUUGGGGCAAGAGAACUCUGUGCAACAAACAUGGAUGCGAUUACAAAGGAUAUGGAUUUGCUUGUAAGCAACCACGUCUUGAUUUGACCAGCUUCGUUGAUGAACCAGUCGAGAAACGUGAUCGUCCAAAAGAAUCUUAUGUAGAAAACGUCCUUGUGCGAUGUGAAGGUUGUCCACGAGCCUUUCAUCAAAAUUGCCAUUCCGUACGAAUCGAGGAUAAAACGGUGUCUAACAAUGAACCUUGGUAUUGUGACCGCGCUUGCCAAGAUAAUUUACGUCGUCGCCGCAUCGUAGUCGAACUGCCACGAAAACGACUUCCUCUUAUGUCCACACCGAAAGCCUCGACAUCUACUUCUAGCGAAUCAUCAUCAACUGUAAAUACUGGAACUACCUCUCGCCCACGCACUUCACGAAAUUCCACCAAAAACUGA